AGCCUUUUGUGUUGAGCGUACUGUUUGCUGAGGAAGUAAGAUGCUUAUACGCGAUUAGUCGACCUUACAGACACCAGAAAAUGAGCGAAGCUAACCCCAACAAUGAUUUCGAAGAUGACUUGGAAUUUCUCCUCCUGAAAAACAUUUCCUCAGUUCCUGCCUCAACUGUUCCAGCUGGAUCUCCAGUGCAACCACAACCAAAGUCCCAGUUCAAGAAAAGAAUCAACAACAGCAAUCAAAAUGCUGCUCUUAGAGACAAGAGUUUGGCGAAAUCUUUUGCUUCUCUAAAUCUCGGUGCUGAUAGGUCUAGUGCAAGACCACAAUUCAAACCGUCCUCGUCUAAUGAUUUGAGAUUGAACAAAAAAACGAUUGACCAAAUAUGUGAUGAUAUCGAUAUUUCCUGGGAUGAAACCAGUAACAAACCAGAUUCUGAUGAUUCUGAUGAUUCUCAGAAUUCUGGUUACUUGGAUGACUUUGAAGCUGGUUAUUACAAUGGUCUUGAAAGUGAAAAUUUUUCCAAACUGGACACCGAUACGAAUGCUAAACAAAAUGUUAUUGACACAAACAGUCAAACCAAAAAGCAAACAAAAACAGAUUUAACUUUAUCAUCUUCAAGUUUGGACUUGAAUCUUGCCGAUAAUCCAACUAAGAUUAAUCUUGAGCUCGAUCUCGAUAAUCAGGCUCUAUUGUCAAAAGAAGUUGGACCAGUUGAGAUCAAUUCAGAGAAACAAAAGUCAAACAAAAAAUCUGGAAAUCGUAAAAAAAAAUCAAAAAAUAAUAUUAAAAUUAGUACUAACGAACAAACACGAAAUGAGAAACCAAAGGAGAAAUCAAGAAAACCAAAAGCAACACCAAUUACUCCCAAUAAUUCCAACUCUACCGAAUUUUGUUAUUUAUCUAAAAAAGAAAUUAAAAAAUUUAAAACUUUAAAACAAAAAAAUCAGUUGAAUGAUACAGAAAUGGAUCAACUAAGACAACUAAAAGAAAAAAGAAAACUCUAUUUCUUAAAUAAAAAAUUUCAACAAGAAAUUCCCUUUUCUGAAUCUUCAAACAAUGCUAAUUCAAACACAGAAAAUAAGCUAAAAUCUUCUUCAUCUUCUUCAUCUUCUUCAAAUCAAAGGCCUUCUAAAAUACACCAAGCAAAAAAACCUGCUAAAAAUCUGGCCUUCAAAGUUAUUUAUAAUCCUGUUUCAACCAUGAAAUUAAGUGAUCCUUUUCUUGAAAAAAUUGUUCUCAACGCUAAUGACUUGGCUAAAGAAAUCCUCCAGUUUUUGUUGGUUCAUAAAGACAAUGUCUUUAGUGAUUUUUAUCGGGCCAAACUUUUUUUUACCAUCUCAAUUUUGGUGGCUUUAAAAGGUCCCAAGAGCUAUAAAGAUUUGUGUUCUGAUUAUGAUUUAGAAAUAAAAAAUGAAAGUUCGAAAAACAAAGAAUUAUCCAAUCCAAGAUAUUUUGAAAGAUAUUCUGAAUUUCUCAAUCCUCGGGGUGAUUUUAAUUUUAAACUAGUAGGAUAUAUUGGUCAUAUCUUAAUUUGGGGAUUUGAUCGUCAAAGAUAUGGUUUAAAGAUGCAAAAAAAAGAUUUUAACAAUACUUUUAUCUUUAAAUAUCAAAUCAAAUGUUCAAAGUCAAUGAUUUUGAGUGGUAUUGGAGGAAUGAAUCUUUGGGAUAAAAAUCAAAAAAAGGAUAGUAUGCCCUUAAGUAAAUGGCAAAUUUUAAAUGGAUUAAAAAAAAGUUAUGAAUUUGAUGAAGAUUUGUUUGUUUUAAUCUUGAGAUUUAUGGGAAUUGUUGAUAUUCCCAAGAUGAUCUAAGUUUUUUGUGCAUAUGAUUAUGAUUAAAAUUAUGGCUGUGCCUGGUAAAAUAUAAUUUCAGUUAUUGAAGAAUGUUAUUAUCGGAUAUUUUAGUCUAUUUUCAAUAUGAUUUUUUAAUUGUUCUGAUAUGAAUGAAACUCAAUUGAAAAAAAAUAAUAUAAUGAUAUUUGGAAAUAACUUUGAUUAAGAAAUUGAUUGAAUUUUAAAAAAGUAAUAUAAAAUAAAUUGACAAUUGUGAUGAAUAAUGAAAGAAAAACAAUUUAAAGAUACACUUAAGGGUAACAAAUCUGAUAUUCAAAAAAACAAAGGUAAUUGAUGAGAAAAAGACAAUAUAAAUUCGAGAAGUAAAUUAUAGUAAGAGUUUUGUUUUUUUGGUAUACUUUUUGUUUGUUUUGUAUUUUUUU